GCAUUGCGGAGUAGCGGAAAAAGGGAUGUGGUCAUGUGGAUUAUUAUCACCACAGCCGUCGAUUUUUGUAAACGUAAGCGAAAACGGUCCUCACUUUCGUCGGAACUCGUCUUCCGUUUCUAUUCUUCUGGAUUCUGAUAAUAAUAUAGUGAUACGCGGUCGGCUCAUCCGACAGUCGCGAGUCGUGCUGAUCACUGAUCAGUGAUCUGUGCCCUGCCGACUGCGGCACGUCUCGGCGUCGUGGGCGGCGAACACUUGUGUGAAGGUAGUAACGAACUUCAAAGCGUACAUACACCCCAACAACAACAACUACACCAACAUCCUUAAAUAAUAUUAUACAUUUUAAUAUAUUAUCUAAGCAUCAUUCCGCUAUUAUCCCGAUAUAAUACUAUGUAUUUGGAAUUCAUAUAUUUAAUACUAAUACAUAUUAUAUUAUUAUACUGUGCCCAUCACUGACAAUACUAAUUAAAUAAUAAUUAUUAAAACACUAUAUUAUUAUUGCCAUGUUCGGUGUAUGUUACAUUGUUACGUCUUUAUAUAGUACUACAUGAAAGUAGUAGUUAAAAAGUCAGAGUAAUAUUAUGUAUUAGAUAUGUAUUUAAAAUUUAAAAUAUUUAAAUCGAUUGACGAAGCUAUGACGGAUAUCAAAAUCUUGUUGAUUUUUUGCCAUAAUUAAUCAUUCAACAAUUUCUAAGGAUCACGAAUUCACGCACUGUCGCGUGCAUUACCGCGUUUAUCACGCGAACAUUAGUGCCGAGAUAAACAAACGAAACGAAUACGUUCCCAACUUUGACGGCUCGCCCAUAUCAACAACAAUAUUAUAUAUAUUUUUUAUUUUAUUCAACUUAAUAUAACAAAUAAUAAUAAUAAUAAAUUGUAUAUUGUAUUAAAUUUAUUCCAAUCGCAAUUAAUGCUUUGUUUACCCAAUAUCGUAAUUUAAUGUAUAUAAAUUCAUAGUUGUAAGUGAUUAGUUAAUUUAUACACAUAUUAAAUCAGUUACCAAUACGCAUUUAAGCUGUGAAUGUUAUGAUGGGCGAUGUGACUGCUGAAAGUCCUCCUGCUGAUGAUUUAAAUAACUCUGGUUCUUCUUCUUCUUCGUCAUCUGAUUCUGAUGGCGAAUCAAGUAGUUCAUGUACCAGUUCUAGUUCUUCUUCUUGCCCUGAAACACCUAAUAUCCAGUGCAAAGAUUCUAGUUUUCCUAAUUGUGAUGAAGAUACUCCACAGUCAAAUGGUGAAUCUGAAUGGAUGGUGUGUCAGCUUUGCCUGUACAAAGUAAAAACACCUUUACAAUUAAAACAACACAUGCGAAUGCACACCGAACAUAAAGUACAUCGUUGUGCCAUAUGUAAUAAAACAUUUGAACAAGCAACUCGACUAGAAAAACAUAUAGCCAUACACUGUGGCACAGAUAAUCGUUUUGAAUGUUCACUUUGUGGCAAAGUGUAUAAACUUCGAACUCAAAUUGUUAGCCACAUAGCAGCCCACAAAAAACAAAAUGCUGGGCGUCGUAUUUCAUAUACAUGUCACAUUUGCACAAAAAAAUUUUCAAAUAAGUCAAAACUAAAGGAACAUGUAUCAGGACAUGAAAACGGGACUCUGCAUUCAUGUGAUGUUUGUGGGCGAACUUUUAAAUUAAAUUCUUACCUUGUUGUCCACAAAAGAACACAUGAGAUGAAUGUGUCUUAUACCGGGGACAAACCAUUCACCUGUUCAAUGUGUAACAAGUCGUUUUUGAGUAAAAGUAACCUAGACCUACACAUGUUGGUGCACAAUUACGUUAAAAAAGCAUCAUAUAGCUGUGACAUAUGUGGAAAAAUAUUUAUGCGCAAAUAUAACUAUGAUGCUCAUGUGAAAAUACAUCAAUAGUUUGUAAGCUUUUACCAUUUCAACUAACAGUUAUUAUUGCCACACAAUUCUCCAUUUGCACCAAAGCCGUUAUAAUUUUUAGGUUUUGUGAAUUUUUUUUUGGACCAUUAUUUUAUAAAGAUAAUAAGUAUAUGUUUGAUAAUGACUUCUUGAACUAAUGUUUUGGUAAUUUAAUUAACAUUUCUAAUAUUAUCUCAUCAUUUUCCUUUAUUAUAAUUUUUAUAAAAUAAUAUUGGGUGAUAUAGAAUCUGUUCAUAACAAAUUAUGCUGUUAAUUGAAGAAAAUAAUUUACCAAGCUAAAACCUCUUGUUUUCCAUUGUGACCAUAAAAUAUUUAUAACUGUUUUCUUAGUAUUUAUUAUUGAUUUUCAACUUUUCACACUUAUUUAUACAAAAAAAAAAAAAAUAAUAAAUAUACUACAAAUGAAUGUCUCAUAAAUAAUGUAUAAAUCCAGUAUGUACCCAAGUAACUAAAGAAAUUAUGUUCCAUUAUAUUAAUUUAAGUCCAUUUAUAUUAUGUAUAUACUAUAUAGUGAAAACAUAAAUCGUACAAAACCAUAGUUUAUUUAUUUGUUUAUUAUUUAUUUUAUUUUAAUGUGUAUUAUAAACUGUAUUUAAGUGUAUUUUAUGUUUUAUUCAGAGACUAAACUUUUGUUCUUGAGUAUAAUCAGAUUUUAAACAAAUAGUAUUGAUAAGAAUCUUAUUAGACGGACAGUUUUUUGUAAUUAUAUACACUUCUAUAUAAAUAAUGUAAUGAUUUUAGUAUAACUUGUAUUUCUUUUUUAAUAUAAUAUGUUUAUAACCAUUCCAAGACAAAAUGUCUAUUGAAAUUAUAUUAUACUAAUUAUUGUAUACUUUCUGAAGUAUUCAAUAAAAUAUAUUUUAUGUAUAUCACUAAAAUAUA